AGCAUGUUCUUAUAGCUAACUUACUGGAGAGCAGGAGAAACCAUGGUUGACUGCUUUGAGCUGAGAUGACUCUCUCUCUCUCUCUCUCAAAUCUUAAUCACUUUGGGAAGAUCCAAAGCAGAUCAAGUCCCCUUCAACUUUCUAUGGAACUUUAAUUAGUGACAAUGACAAGCUUAUCGCUAAUAAUUAGCAGCUAAAACCCUCUCCAAUAAAAUGAGACCGAACUUGGGUUCCUGCGGACACAGAUACUGCUCCCUUCCCAAACGCAGCACAACAACUCCCCCAGAGCUCCCCCCAGCUGUGCAGACAACACCCAGCGACACACUCGGACACAGCCCCCAGUCCCUGACCCCCACCGCCACAUCUCACACACACACACACACACACACACGCACACACACACACACAGUCUCACUGUCUUUCUUCAAAGCCUUCUCUAAACUCGGCUAAUCCUUCGAUAAGCUUUAGAAAAACAAGAAGGGUGUUCGGUUUGGGUGCUGGAAAUGGAGAAAAUUCAUGCGCGGGAGAGGGAGUGCGAUCUGUGUCUGAGCUUGACAAAUGGGUUUUGUCUGAGGUUUUGAGCUGGGGGUUUUUGGUGGGUUUUGUGAGGGAGACUGUGUAGAGUACAGAUAUGAACAGUACGGGUAUGGCGGCGGCGUCGAUGGGGACGGGGAUGGCGAUGAGGGCGGCGGCGUCGCCGUUCACGGUGUCGCAGUGGCAGGAGUUGGAGCACCAAGCUCUGAUCUUCAAGUAUCUGAUGGCGGGUCUCCCUGUUCCUCCUGAUCUCGUGCUCCCCAUUCAGAAAAGCUUUGAAUCCAUGUCCGCUCGCUUCUUCCACCAUCCCAGUAUGGCUUAUUGUUCCUUCUACGGGAAGAAGGUGGACCCAGAGCCGGGUAGAUGCCGGAGGACGGAUGGCAAGAAAUGGAGGUGCUCCAAAGAUGCAUAUCCAGACUCCAAGUACUGUGAGCGGCACAUGCACCGAGGCCGCAACCGUUCAAGAAAGCCUGUGGAAUCGCAAACUACUUCUCAGUCAUCAUCGACUGUAACAUCGAUAAAUGUUGCUGGAGGCAGUGGUGGAGCUGGGAGCUACCAGAGCCUUCCGCUGCAUGCCUUUGGCAAUCCUCAAGGAGGCUCAGGUUCUGGGAGCAACCCAUCUCAUUUCCAUAUGGAGCCCAUUCCCUAUGGCAUCAGUAAUAAGGAUUACAGGUAUGUUCAUGGAUAUAAAACUGAGGUGGGUGAGCAUAGUUUCUUUGAAGCUUCAGGAAGCAACAGAGGUCUCCAUAUUGACUCACCUUUAGACAACACGUGGUCCCUGAUGCCAUCUAGAGUCUCUUCCAUGCCUCCAUCGAAAUCAAGUGACAACUCCAUUUUGCAGAACAAUUAUCCACAACAUUCAUUUUUCAGCAGCGAAUUUGUUUCAGGAGAGCCUGUGAAACAGGAAGGACAAUCCUUGCGACCUUUCUUUGAUGAGUGGCCCAAAGCUAGGGAUUCUUGGUCUGGUCUCGAAGAAGACAGAUCCAAUCACACCUCAUUUUCCACAACCCAGCUUUCAAUCUCCAUUCCGAUGGCCUCAUCGGACUUCUCUACAAGUUCUCGGUCUCCUCCUGAUAAUUGAAGAAGCUGUGCUUGCAGUUUCCAAGACUUCAUCUUCGCAAGGCAGAGACAUGCUGUAGCCCAUUCAGUUUUGUGUGCGCUGUAGACUGCCCAACACCAUUUUCGUCAAUAGCUUUAUGAUUGAGGGUUUUCUGUGGAACUGUUUCUGUAAAACUGCAUUUCCAAGCUGUGAUGCUCAGUUAUGGAAUAAAACAAACUCUAGCAGGAUCUUCGGGAAUUAUGAACACUCUGGUUGUACUAGAUGAACAGUGCAGCAAAUUUUUGGCUUGGGUUUAAUGGGAUUUGCUUCUAAGUUAAACUGAAUAAAAUUAACUUGUGUCUAUUGAAUAACGUCUCUUUGAAAUGAUACUCCUUCAUUGGCUA